CCUCCUCUUGCUUGUCCUCCACGCCCUUUGACCCCGGAAGUAGGUGGGGACGGGCAGGGCGACGUUGAUGGUGGGAUAAACAUGGCGUCGUGCGGCAUCGGCGGAGGCGGCUCUUGCUUGCCUCCCUCGGCGACGGCGGCGCUGGUCUUGCUGUCGGCUCUGCUGCUGGGAGGCCCCGUGCGGGCCCGAGUCCAUCACCUCGUCCUCAAGGAGGAUGUGCGGCAGAAUGUCCACCUUAACACCUUUGGCUUCUUCAAGGAUGGCUUCAUGAAGGUCAACGUCAGCAACCUCUCAGUUAAGAAGCCUGCCGGCAUGAUAAAAGGCUUCCAGGUGGGAUUCAGUUUAGACCGAACGCAGAAUGAUGGAUUCUCCACUUACCUGGAUGAAGAAGUGAACCACUGCUUUUUCAAUGAAAUACCAGGGCACAAAGUCUCUGUCACCGUCCUCCUCCUGGACUUCACAAAGAACAUUGUGAAAGUCAAGCCCAAUGUCAACCCUCCCCGGUUGCCCGAAAUCGUAUUUGGCAACCCCGAAACAGAGAGCAAGCAGAACUCAGAUCCUAAGCAGCAGCCGUCCAAACAGAAUGUGACUGAAUCCCAGGUGCCGGCUGCCAGAACAUACCACAUCCAAAGUAAAAAUGAUAGCCUUUCAUUCCAGUUCUUCUUGAACAUCAGCUCAGAGGAGGAGGAAGGCCUUUACAGCCUGUAUUUCCACAAAUGUGUCGUGGAUGUGCAGAACGAGCUGCUCCCCUUCAGUCUUGAUAUAGAUAUUACGGAGAAGAAUCCGAACAGCUACCUCUCGGCUGGAGAAAUCCCUCUCCCCAAGCUCUACAUUUAUAUGGCUCUCUUCUUCUUCAUCUCCGGAACGGUCUGGAUCCGCACCCUUCGGAAACGCAGGGCUGAUGUGUUCAAGAUCCACUGGCUGAUGGCUGCUCUUCCUUUCACCAAGUCCCUUUCGUUAGUCUUCCACGCGAUCGACUACCAUUACAUCUCCUCUCAGGGCUUCCCCAUCGAAGGCUGGGCUGUGGUCUACUACAUCACUCACCUGUUGAAGGGUGCCCUUCUUUUCAUCACAAUUGCUCUUAUUGGCACGGGUUGGGCGUUCAUUAAGCACAUCCUUUCCGAUAAGGACAAGAAGAUCUUUGUGAUCGUGAUCCCUCUUCAGGUCUUGGCAAAUGUGGCCUUCAUCAUCAUUGAGUCGACAGAAGAAGGUACGACGGAAUAUGGCCUGUGGAAAGAGAUCCUUUUCCUGGUCGACCUGCUUUGCUGUGGGGCCAUCCUGUUCCCAGUGGUAUGGUCGAUAAGACAUUUGCAGGAGGCUUCUGCGACAGAUGGGAAAGCUGCCAUUAACCUAGCAAAGCUGAAGCUGUUCAGACAUUACUAUGUCAUGAUCGUGUGCUAUAUUUACUUCACACGGAUCAUUGCCAUCCUCAUCAAGAUCGCUGUUCCGUUCCAGUUGAAGUGGCUUUACCAGCUGAUGGAUGAAAUGGCCACCUUGGUGUUCUUUGUCCUCACUGGGUACAAGUUCCGACCGGCCUCUGACAACCCCUACUUACAGCUCUCUCAGGAGGAUGACGACAGCUUGGAUAUGGAAUCUGUGGUGACGACCUCGGGCGUCACAGAGGGCAUGAAGAAGGUCAAGAAGGUGGUAAAUGGUUCGGCGGAGCUCCGAGGCGAACGAGAGAGCUCUGCGUGACGGGAGGCUGUCCUUUCUCCCCUCACCCCCCACCCCACCCCUGAGGACAAGGCAGCGCUUUCAGAUAAACUCUAAUUUAUUGAUCCUUUCCUUCCUUUGCCGGAAGGGGAGCAAGCUGAGCUUCCUGAAAUGGGAACUGCGGAGUUACAGGGCAGGGGCUGGGGGACGAAAAUACGGCGUGCAAAAAAAAAUGGAGCGCGCAUGAGAAAAUCAAAACCCUUCUUACUCUUCUGUCGUAAGGAUUUGGGGCUCUUCUGGUGCCUGCAAGGAAAUGCUUUUUUUUUUUGCAGGGGGGGAGGGGGUAUGGUGGUGGCAUAAAUAUAUAUAUAUAUCUUUUUUAAUCUUCUGACUUCUUUUUUUUAAAUUCCCCCUUCCUUUGGAAACUUGACUCGGAGGGGGAACCCCUCCUACCCCCCUGUUUUUCGCACUUGGGCUCCUUAAGACAUGGCUUCCAAAUGUGAAAAAAAAAGCAACAAGAGUUUGUGUAUGUAAAACUAUAUGUGUAUAUCUUAUCUAUAUUUUAUAUGAUGCCUUCUGACACACAGAAACCUGCUGUGUAACCCCCCCCCCGCGUGCCGGAAGAUUUAACAAUAUGGUGUGGACGGAGUGUGGAGAUCUUUUUUGGGGGGUGGUCAGGCAUCUUUUCCUCCUGCACCCACUUUCCUUUGGACUGGGAGCAAAGAGGAAUUCUGCUCCCAGAUAGGAAUGGAAAGGGUUUUUUUUGAGACCAAGGGUCUACCAGACAGGAAGAGAUGUAGUAGUCUUCCCUACCCCCUCCUCCUGUUAACGUGGACCAAAACCGUGGUCCCGUUUUAACUCUGGGCAUUGCUUGAAGGGUUUCUGAAUGUGUGCAAUGGUUUGGGGAUCAACGUUGAGUUAUUUUUCCUUCCCCUCCCCCUUGGCUGAAAAGUGGUGAGGUCAUGUUUCUACUCUUCCCACCCCCUCCAAAAAAAACCCACAUUCAAAUAAAGCACCGUUUCUCAAGAGAAGUCCAUAAGUAUCUGCUCCCGGCGUUUCCUAGCUGGUGGAUCAGUGAAGCUUUUGCAUUCCUGGCUUCUGCAGUAUCUUGGGGUGCUUUCAGAAAGAAGCCCUGCGGUUGGUCUCUCAUGUGUGAAACGGGGUGUUCAUGAAGCAGUACAGCCUCUUCCUGUUGAGAAAACAACCCUCAAGCUGUGACUCCUAACUGUAGGAUGCAACGAGGCCUAGGGCCCACCACAGAAAUUCUGUCUGUCCGCACUUCAUGGAGACCACAUUAACUCCCCCCCACGAAAACACCCCCUUCUCUCCCACCCUCCCUGGAUGCCUCGUUUGAGGACAGCGUGUAGGAUUUGAGUUGCAAAGGAAGUGCCAGCCAGUGCGCUGGCAAGGCGAAGGAGCAAAAAAAGGGAGCAUGUCCACCUGUGAGCAGGAACGGACCCCUCGGAAAGAAAUGCUAAUUGAAAAGGGAAGCUGGAGCCUUCCUUUUGGAAGCGUGGGGCAGCUUCUUGCGGAGAAGGAUCCACACAGGCGUGGGGGCAUCUGAUGACCCGUUGUGGGAUCCGGAGGUCCCUCAUCCUGCGGGGCUUUCUUCUUAAGCAUGCGCGAGGCUUCUUCAAUGGCAGGCAGGCAAACCCAGGAGCAUCAGUACGUGUCUUCCCCCCCCCCCGCUUCAGGGAUUGCUGCUUAUCCAGAGGUGCCCCCCUCCCCAAAAUGCACCCAGUUAACUUCUCCAGUCUUCAAGGAGACGUGUCGGAAACUUUCCGAAAGAAAGGCAAAUUCCCUCUUCCUUCUUAGAGCAGCCUUAUGUUGCAGGCAAAACCCUCACUGCCUGCUGUCGGCCUCCGGGGCCAGUGGGGUGCCCCC